AUGAAGCUGCACCUAAAUCACUCUUCAAAAGAUCCAACUUCUCUGCAGUCCCCUCUCCCAGCCAUUCGCUGCAUCUUCGCUAAUAGCCAAAAACGAGCGUCGCCAGUCGAGGGCGGGCGGCUGCCGCCUCGCCGGCUGGAGCAGCACGGGCGUAAACAGCAGCAAGUGCUGCUGCAGCUGCUGCAGCUGCUGCAGCGUGGCAGGGAAAGAGGCAGCACGGCCGCGGGCUGCGGCGCACCAGCGGCUGCUGCAGGCUGUGGGGAGUGGAGAGACAGGGCGUGGGCCGGGGUUGUUUGGGCUGAGGUGUACGUACACCUGGAGCCGCCGGUGCUGCAGGGCCUCGGAAAAGAAGGCCGGGGGGAAGAGCGGGCAGCAGCGAAGGAGCUGCAGCAGCACUGUCUGGAGGCGAGGCGUGCUGCAGCAGAUUUUCGCGGGAAAGUGAAAGAAAGGAAGGCAGCAAACGCCUAUAUAACCCCCGCCCCGAGGAGCUGCGUGUACACCCGAGUAGUGGGCGUGUACGCGCUGGCGCUGCACCCCAGCGUGGACGUGCUGUGCUCCGGCGGCCGCGACGCCGCAGUGCGGGUGUGGGAUUUGCGCACAAAAAAAAACGUCUUCGUGCUGGCGGGCCACGGGGGCACGGUGAUGGCGCUGCGCGCGCAGUCGCUGCGUCCGCACUUGAUUUCCGCGUCUCAGGACAAAACGGUGCGUUUGUGGGAUCUUGCUGCGGGCAAGUGCGAGGCCACUUUGACAAACCACAAAAAGAGUGUCAGGACAAUCGCGCUGCACCCCACAGAGUACUCCUUCGCCACCUGCGGCGCAGACAAAGUCAAGGCCUGGCGGUGCCCGCUGGGGGCCUUUGAGCGGAACAUCGAUGGCCUCAACUCCAUUCCCAACUGCUGCGCCUUCCGCGACGAGGGCGACAGGUCGUCUUUGGUAGUCGGCAGCAACAACGGGCAGCUGCACUUCUGGGACUGGCGUUCGGGCUACAAGUACCAGACGCUGCAGUCGCGAGUGCAGCCGGGGUCUUUAGAAAGUGAAAAUGGAAUUUUUUGUUGUGCUUUUGACAAGUCCGAGACCAGACUCAUUACGGGGGAGUGCGACAAAACCAUCAAGGUGGGCUCUUCAAAGCAGCAGCAGCAGAAGCAGCAGCAGCAGUAG